AUGUCAUUACACAAUACUCCAAAUCGACUACAUCACACACCGAAAACUGCUCGUGGUUAUCACUCAAGCGACAAUGCCACGCCGAGUCCAAUUCGUUUUCGAUCGAAACGAAAUUGUCAGAACGAAAAUGUAUAUCCAAAAACUAAAUUCGAUGUCGAUUUCGAUGAAAAUGCGAAUGACCAAUUUCAUGCGGAAAACACGCCGAAUAAACUGCAUGUGAAAAAUGAGAACGCACCUCGGACGCCGAAGCCAAGUUUCGAAGAAGAACAAGAAGAAUUGAAGAAGACACUGUCGAAAGAUUGGUGUGAUAAAAUGGACAAUGAAGAAGCAGAGGAAAAGAAGCUUCAUAGUUUUGUAAUAUAUCUUAAACAGUUUCCAAUUCACGAGAACAAAACGACAGAAGAACUUCUAGCUUCGAUUACGUGUUGUCCGAAAGAGCUUCUCCGUCGACAAAAAGAAAUCAGCAAGGGAAAACUAUCAAGUGCAUAUCAAAACUACGUCACCACUGUUCCACGGAAAUCGCGCACACGACAACAUCCUCGUACGCCAUGUAAAUAUGCAAAGAUGUCUCGACGUGGCUUCGAUGGCGCUGUCAAAGCAUGGCGUCGAAAACUUCACGAGUUCAAUGGCGACAGAAGCAAAGAAAGUCAAAGUACGAAUGAUGAUUCUUUCUCGUCAUCCCAACGUAGUGACGAUUAUUCAACACCAUCUUCCAGAUCAAUGAGCAUUGACGAAAGUGACGAAAAUUUCCUUCCAGAUUUGUACGAUUUCGAAGAGGCAAUGGGCAAUCUCGAGCCAAAAUUCGGUGCAGCGGUGGAUGUCGAAGUUGCUGAUUCUAUGGAUACAAUUGUUAACAAUAUCGACUCUCGUUCGGCUAUGGCAUUCGAUUAG